ACUAACUUCACCUCGGUGAGAUGAGCCAAGAUUCCAGAAGACAGUAGCCUGCUAGCCUAGGCAAAGAUCCUUGAUUGGGAAGUCUUUCCCCCUUUUCUUUAUUUUCAAAGGAAAGAGGUUGAACCGAUAUUUGCUUAAAGGAGGGGAUAUACUCAAGCUUACUUCAUCAUUGAUUGAAUGGGCCUGUGACAGGAGGGAAGCUCUUUUGGAAGAACUGAUAAAAUCCUGGAAAAGAUUAGAAAUGAACCCAAGUCCUCGUUCAGUAAAUCAAAUCAUCUUCUGGUUGGCAUAAUCAUUUUCAUGUUCCUAGUGAUUUAUUUGAAAUUCUGUAUCAACAGAAGCCCGAUCGGAGCCUCAAUGCAAAUUGAUUCUGCCUAUUAUUAAAUCUUUAGUUAGACUUAAGACUGCAUAAUGCACUUUGCCUAUCAUUCAAAUUAGGGCCCCAGUUCUGGCCUUGCACCACGUGUCUGAGGACUCUUAGAAAGACAGCAGUAGAAGGAAGGAGUGCUGAUUGGGAGGUCUAAAAACACUAAAAGAACAUAGUAUCCAAGACCUUGAACAGAUCACAGGCUACAUCUGCACUAUUCCGUUUUUAGUUUUAAAACAAAUUAUAUAUUAUUAUAUAUACAUUUAUAGGCUAUAGUUAUUAUAGCGAUUUUGGAAUUAUAGACCUAAUAAUUCUUUAAAAUGCAUAGCCAUCGUUUUCAAAUGAAAUGGAACCAACAACAUUUUCAAAUAAUUUGUUUGAGGAGCUCAAAAACACCAGAGUAGUCUAGAUGACAUGCAGGCGUAAAUGUAUCCACAGAAGAGAAUACUAGGUGGCCUGAAAAGGUCACAAGGUAAAAAUCUCAUAAGCAUCUAAUAAAGGCAGUAUGAAUGCUGUAGUAUAACCGGUUAACUAGGUCUGAAAUGAAAAUCAACUGUAAUGCAGCCAGAGCACCGACAAAAUACAGGCAGUCUGAAACAGGCCUUACCUUCCUUCUGCUUUUCCCUGUGUCUAUCUAUCUAUCUAUCUAUCAGUAUAUAUAUAUAUACUGUAUCUGUGUGUGGUGUGUGUGGGUGUGUGUGUGUGUACUGGCAUCUGUGUGUUUGUGUGUGUGUGUAGUCUAUGUCAGAUAAAGAAGUUCUACAAAGAAGUUGACAGAUUAAAAAAACAAAAACAUCAGAACAUUCCAAGGCUAAAAAGUAAAGUUCCCUGAGCCUACUAUGUUUGAAGGAGCACUAGGUCUCUUUUGAAAAUUCCAUACAUUUGAGUUGUGUUUGAAAAGGCAUUGGUCACUUUAACACAAGAGUUGCUUAAGAGUAAGAGCAUAUACUCUACUUGCAAAUGCAUACAUCAGUGAACACAUUACACAGAUCUACGGUGCUAAACAUAGCAUAGUAAACUUUUUUUCAGUUUUCAUUUGGACACAAUAUUCUGAACGGUCUUUGUGUAAAUGAGAAUAAUACACAUUUGUAAUCGCACACAAAUACCAUUCUGCUUGCCUGGCUUAGGGAAAUGUGUUUGUACUGUAUGUUUGGGUUACUUCUCUCACCUGUCCUCCCCCAACUAAACUCUCCUCCCGGGAGGCCGAGGUUGUUUGGGGGGAGGGUAUUGUUCCAGGGUGGCCCAUCAAGCUUUCCCUAAUUGCAGGGGAGGACACCCAUCGAUCGGCCUAUUAUCAUCCUAAUGGGCCCCUUUAACCUUCCAGCCUCAUCAACUGAUAACACACAGAACGUCUGCACUCCCCAUUUAACAGUAGAAACAUGUCUUUCUGAUAGAUUUGAAAGGUAAAUCAAUGUAGGUUCUACAAUUUAUGUGGCACACAGUAAUUACAUCCAGAGAUAUACAGCAGUUCCAAGUGCAGUUCUAAUUAGACCAUCACCAAUGGAUUGCUUAGACUGGGAGUAGUGUUGAGAUAAUUUUUCAUUCAAUGUUUUACUCAAUCAUUAACAUUUACAAUUCACACACCCAAACACACACAAACACACACACACACACACACACCGUCACCCAGACAUCUACAUACUCACACACAGAGAGAAAGAGAUAAACCCGAGCAGCUGGAUAGGUCUGAUCAUGUCAUCAUGUUAUUAACAGAGAUUAGCACUGACACAAAGACAGUAAAUUGCUAUUGUCUAAGGGUCUGUGCAUUAGCAUUUAACAAACAAUGCCAGCUCUACAGGGGUUGUGAUGGUAAUUUGGAAAGCCUGUCUUGCUGGUAUUUAACUUGCAAAUAAUUUACUUUAACUAGCUGCUAUGGGAUUAGGUUUGGGACAGUCUGCUCAGGAGGUACAUUCCUUGCAGCCUUCUGUUAUGUGGGCAGAUUUAGAAGUCCUAAACAUAGAGAGUAAAGUUCCUUUCCUAAAGGUAAGGUUCAGUUUAAGGUCAGUCUAGGAAAAUUAUGUAAGGAGAUUAGAUCUCAUUGUGCGCUGCAACAGGUAUUUAAUUUCACCAUAGUACAAAACAUACAGUUUUCUACAAAUAUGUGAAAGGUAUUGCCAGCUGUUGAUAAUGAUGGGCCCAUACUAUUCCCUGACUGUUGUAAUAGCCAUAUAAUUACAGAUCAUAGUGUGCAUUUACUGAGAAGCUUGGAUAUACCAUCAUGACAUUAGCUUGUUGUGUAUAUUGUUUGACAACUCAACACAGUUGUGUGGAGUAAAUUAUUCUGACGUUAUCUAAUGCAAUGGUCUUAUUUUCUCAUUCGUUGAGCAAACAAGGAUUUGUCUGACACUCGCCCAGCCACACCUUUUCAUGCAAAGUGGAGCCUGGAGUUAGAGGGGGCGUCAGGCAGGCGGAGGCGGGCGCUGUACGCGGGUGGGUGUGGAUAAAUAGGCCUCUGUGUCAGUAGGUUGGGACCAUAAAUCAAACAGGACGCAUUUGGAUUGACUGAGGAUAACUCUGGAACUCUGCCUCUCUUUUUCACCAAACUUGAAGACUAUCUUUAACGGAAUUACCACUCGCAGAUAACAGCAUGGCUAAAUUAGUGACUUGCGGUUUAUUGAUCACGCUUUUGGACAUAUCUCUACCGUUGGCUGUGGAGGCUGCCGGGGAGUAUUGUCAUGGCUGGUCGGACUCGUACAACACCUGGCACAGGGGCUUUCAGUGCCCCGAGCAAUACGAUGGCGAGGAAGCGCGCUACUGCUGCGGGACCUGUACUCUUCGAUAUUGCUGCACAUCCGUGGAGGCCCGUCUUGAUCAGAGCACCUGUGAUCCAGACGACUUCAGCAAUGGCAAAGUCAGGACGAUGACUUCAAAUGUGCCCACGUAUCUGCCAUUUGUGAUUGUGGUGAGUGCAUUCCUGUCCUUUGUGCUGGUCGGGACAGUGGUGUCUGUGUGCUGCUGCCACUGCCUGAAGCCCAAGAGUGCAGAGCGCCACAGCGGGCCCACGCAGACCAGUCUCCUGGAACCAGGAGGGGCCGCCGCAGAGAGCCUGACCCCGUCCAGAGACUCCAGCUCCAGUGCCAGCACUGCAGGCAGGUCCACUGGCAUGACCCGGCCGUCAGGGUCAGAUGUUACCAUGAACAUCUACGGCCCCAUGGGGAAUAUGUACCCUGCGCUGGGGGUGCAGCCCCCACAGCACUUCCCCUCUCCAUCCCACCUGCCCGCACAGUUCUACCAGCCGUACCUGAACUACAGUGUGCCUCCAGAACACACCAUGAUCACCGCUCAAGCCUUCCUGGACAAUCACUCUGUAUACAGGCAGCCCCAUGGGCAGCCAUUUCAUCAGGCCCCGAUGCACACAGAGCCCAUCUGCCCUGGACUUACCAUUUGAGGGCUAAUCUGGACCCAUACGACAGCUGCCUCGUGACUAAAAAAGUAUAAAUCUGUAAUUGUGACCACAGUUAAGUUCUUAUGGUCCUCUGUGAGGUUCACCGCAAUUGUUACAUGCUCAGGUUACUAACAGUUUAGUUUAAUUAUUUUGUCCAGUAAUGUUUCACUAGUUUGCUGUUAUAACUGUGUUAUUCUGAGCAAGCAUGACCUUUUGAGCUUUACUUCUGAAUAGAAGAAACACCAUGACCAUUUCUAUGAAAUGAUUUCUCCUAAUGAUUAAAGUGUACAUUAGAAAUAUAAAAAAUAAAGCCUGUUAUUUAUGUUUGA